AUAUUACUGUCACAAUCUCUCUAUUCUUUUCUCCUUCAAAAUUUCGAGAUUAAAUUCGACCAAAGUCCACUGUAGAUUUCAGUUUGGCGGCCGAAAUCAUACUCUUCUUCCCACUUCUCGGAUUUAUGAACCAAGCCAGUUUUUGCUUUAGCUUUCGCAGCUAAGCAGACGACCAUAAAUUUAUACAAUCUCUGCUCUAUUUACAGCCACUCUCUUCACUAUGGUGUCAGAGGGAUCUGAAUCAAAGGAUAAAACAACGAGCAAUAAGCUUUUGGAUGGUUUGAAGUACAAUGUUGAGGUGGCAGAAAGUGUUGCUAAUGAGGCGCAGCGUUUGCCAAUAUUGGAGGCAACACCAUUAUAUGAGCAACUGCUGACGGUGUAUCCCACUGCUGCUAAAUAUUGGAAGCAAUACGUGGAGGCACACAUGGUUGUAAAUAAUGACGAUGCUACAAGACAGAUAUUUAGCCGGUGCUUAUUGAACUGUCUACACAUCCCUCUUUGGCGUUGCUACAUCCGAUUCAUUAAGAAGGUGAAUGAAAGGAAAGGAAUGGAAGGCCAGGAGGAAACCAGAAAAGCUUUUGAUUUUAUGCUUAGCUAUCUUGGUGUUGACAUAUCAUCUGGCCCUGUGUGGAUGGAAUACAUUGCCUUCUUAAAGUCACUUCCGGCUCUAAGCUCGCAGGAGUCACAACGUAUGACUGCAGUGCGGAAGGUCUACCAGAAAGCUAUUAUCACUCCUACCCAUCACAUUGAGCAACUGUGGCGGGACUAUGAAAAUUUUGAGAAUUCUGUCAGCCGUCAACUGGCCAAGGGACUAGUGUCUGAAUAUCAACCAAAAUUUAAUAGUGCUCGAGCUGUCUACAGAGAGAGGAAGAAAUACGUCGAUGAGAUUGAUUGCAACAUGCUUGCUGUACCACCGACUGGCUCCCCAAAGGAAGAGCUGCAAUGGAUGUCAUGGAGGAGGUUAAUAGCGUUUGAGAAAGGAAAUCCUCAGAGGAUAGACAGUGCAUCAUCCAACAAACGGAUUAUAUUCACAUACGAACAGUGUCUUAUGUACCUGUACCAUUAUCCUGAUGUAUGGUACGACUAUGCUAUGUGGCAUGCAAAUAAUGGAUCAACAGAUGCUGCAAUUAAAGUAUUUCAGCGAGCUUUAAAGGCUCUUCCUAACUCAGAUAUGCUAAAAUAUGCUUACGCCGAGCUAGAAGAAUCUCGUGGAUCACUUCAGUCUGCAAAGAAAAUAUAUGAAAGCCUUUUGAGCGAUGGUGUUAAUGCGACUGCACUAGCUCAUAUUCAAUUUAUCCGUUUUCUUAGAAGAAACGAAGGAGUUGAGGCUGCUCGCAAGCACUUCUUGGAUGCUCGCAAAUCCCCAAAUUGCACGUAUCAUGUUUAUGUUGCUUAUGCCAUGAUGGCCUUUUGUCUCGACAAGGAUCCCAAGAUUGCACAUAAUGUUUUUGAAGAUGGAAUGAAGCGGUUUAUGAAUGAAUCCACGUAUAUUCUUGAAUAUGCAGAUUUCCUUGCUCGCUUGAAUGAUGACAGAAAUAUUCGGGCUUUAUUUGAACGUGCUUUAAGUACCUUACCUCUAGAGGAGUCUGCUGAGGUUUGGAAACGGUUCAUCCAUUUUGAGCAAACUUAUGGAGACCUGGCUAGCAUGCUGAAGGUUGAAAAAAGAAGAAAAGAAGCUCUUUCUCAAAUGGGUGAAGAUGGAGCAUCAACAUUGGAAAGUUCAUUGCAAGAUGUUGUGUCCCGGUAUAGUUUUAUGGAUCUCUGGCCUUGCACAUCUAGUGAUCUGGAUAAUUUGACCAGACAAGAGUGGCUCGCUAAGAACAUAAAUAAGAACUCAGAAAAAUCUGGUCUGCCUAGUGGAACUGGCUUUUUAGAUACCAGUUCUGCUGGUUUUAUGAGCCAUUCAAUUCCAUCUACAAAUGUUGUUUAUCCUGAUACCUCUCAGAUGGUGAUUUAUGACCCCAGCCAAAAAUUAGGAAUUCUUCCAACUGCAACAGCUUCAGGACUUCCUGCUAAUCCUUCAAAUCCAGUUUCUGUUGCGAGUGGAGGACCGACUAAUGUAUUUGAUGAAAUAUUAAAAGCAACACCAGCUGCAUUAAUAGCAUUCCUUGCAAACUUACCUGCUGUUGAUGGUCCGACCCCAGACGUUGAUAUUGUACUAUCAGUUUGUCUUGAGAGUGACAUACCUACAGUUCCAUUGGUCAAAUCAGGGGCAACACCAGCACAAGUUUCGGGUGGUCCCGUUCCUACCACUAGUGACCUUUCUGGUUCAAGCAAGUCUCAUGCAUUUUCAAAUUCCUCCCUAAAGCAUACUAGAGACAAGCAAUCGGGAAAGAGAAAAGAUUACGACAGACAAGAGGAUAAUGAAAGCACAACAGUCCAAAGUCAGCCAUUGCCUAAAGAUUUUUUCAGGAUACGACAAAUCCAGAAAGCGCGAGGAGCUACUUCUUCCCAAACAGGUUCUGUUUCCUAUGGAAGUGCUAUUUCUGGAGAUCUAUCUGGUAGCACUGGUUGAGUUCAGUAUGCUUUUCUUUCUCUAAUUUUUUGUCGAAGUCUAUUCUUUACCAUUUAAGUUGAUAAUAGAGAUACUCUCAUUUUCCUCAAAGUUUAUCUUUUAAAGAAAGCUAGAACAAGAUCAUUUUGCUUCAGAAUCUUAUGCUUGCUACAUUCAUAGCUUACGUAUUUAUUUUCUCCUAACAAAGGCCUUUGUUUAUAAUGAUGAAUGUACAUUAUUUUGGCUGAUUUGAGAGGUCAAGUUUAAUGCUAUUUCAUAGAUUUUGUUUCUUUAGUAAAGGUCAUGUAAUCAGAUCUUACUGGUAAGGGUAACUAUGGGACCUCCAAAUAUGAGAGGAAGAAGGGCAAAAAGGGAAUUGUAGAAGCUGAAAGGAACUCCAUUGGAGGCGGCGGAGGCACGUUGUGGAGCAGCGUAAGGAGGGAGGACCAAUGAAAGGGGUUAUUUGUAGGGUUUUGGGAAGGAGGAAACAGGGAAGAUUAUGUGAGAAUGAGAACUUUUGGGAGUGACGGUCUCUAAUUGCCGAGUAUCUUUUCAUUUGUUUGUUGCUUGUUCUUCUUAUUACCGUGUAUCAUGAGCUGGAGACUCUUGUUUGGAUGUUGAUAUUGUCUGUUAUUAAUUGUAUAUCUCAAGAAAGUUUGAAUACUGAUUUUUGGACAUUGGGUGGUAUCUUGCUUGGGAGUGUUUGUGUU